AUGUCCCAACGCGACGUGGCCGUCAUAGCGGCCGAUGGAGACUUGAUUCUCGUAGUCGGCCACGAAAAGGGGAGGAUUCGGGUUUCAUCAGCAUUACUCGCAAACGCCUCAGCUGUCUUUAGGGCAAUAUUCAAUCACGAGAAGUUCCGCGAAUUUCAACGAGAGCAGAAAGAUCGAGGCGGUCCCAUCGAAAUCAUCCUAGACAAAGAUGGCUACAUCUCCAUGGAACAACUCUGCAAGAUGGCACAUCUGAAGCACGCCGAUCUGACGAAGACUUUCGAUGCAGAGAAGCUUUUCGAUCUCGCCAUACACAUCGACAAGUAUAAAUGCUCGAGUUCGUUGAAGCUUCAGUCUGCCGCUUUGCUUUACUCCUGGUUGGACUCCAGCGCUGUCGACGAGGCACGCAUAUCACAGGAUGACCGUUGGCGUAUCGUAACCGCCUCGUACCUUAUGGACUGCCCCCAAGCUUUCAAAAUGACUACUCAGAAGCUGAUCACCGAAACGACGGGAAACCUUCACUCAGAAUACAUGAAUGACUUGCCUGUCAGUGUCGGUGUCGCAAUCGCAGAGAAGCGCUCCAGCGCAUGGCAGUACCUCUGCUACGAGCUACCCAAACUCGGGAUUCCCAUCUGCAAGUCAAACUGCCGCCGGGAGGCGAGAACGCAGAGAUACAUGCUCGCCAUCAACAAGGCUUUUGGCCUGCUUUACUGGCCUCCGAAGUUCAAGGAAGGAUCCAAACCACUUUCUUACUGGAUAGAGAAGACACGUGGGCUUCGCGAUAUCAUAACGGCGUGUGACAAAGCAUGUCGACCAGAGAGAGUCAAGAAGUCUCAGUUUCAAGAUCUGGCCGCGAGCGUUGCGAAGCGUUGCGAAGGUCUAUGUUUGGAGUGUUCGAAGAAAGAAGCUCCCAAUCUGGACAAGAAGUGUACGGUGCAUACAGGUCAUUAG